GUGAUGUCACAACACGGGGCUGGCAGCGUGGCAGGGCUGCGUGGGCAAGGGGACGGGACAAGGAAGAUGGGGGGACCCCUGGGGCGCUGAGCAAGGGGAGCAGCUGUGCAACAUCUGGCUGGUAUGUGCACUCUGGGCGCACUGUGGGGAGAGGUGGUCCUUGUCCCCUUGUCACUGCUCCCUCCUGGAAGCUGUCACCAUAGCAGGCACCACUACCACCCCUUGUUUCAGCUGGCAGCCAUUGCCCCCUGUUGCUUCCCACCUUUCGCCAGUGCCUCUGCUUUCUGACAGAGCGAAGCACAGCCCCGAUCUCAAAGCCACCAUGUCUGAAAGCAAAGGGGAUAGUCAGCCUCUUGUCACCAUGGAUUCCUCAGAUGUCAUCAAAGUGACUGUAAAAACCCUCAAACAGAAGGAGCAGUUUGAGGUUGCUCAGAGCAGCACUAUCCAGGAGUUUAAGGAAGACAUUGCCAAGCGUUUUAAAACUCCCCCUAAUCUCCUGGUGCUGAUAUUUGCUGGAAAAGUCCUCAAAGAUCAAGAUACUCUGAGCCAGUACGGAGUCCACAAUGGGGUCAGCAUCCACCUUGUCAUCAGGUCCCAAAAGAGACCACAGGAGGGCCUGCCAGAUCAAGGAGCUGCAACCACCCUGAUGCAGCCUCCCAGCCGCAGUAAUUCCAAUUUUUUCUUCUUGGAAAGCAUAUCUGAUCUGCAAAACCCAGGCCUGAGCCAUCAGAAUUUGUCUGAGCUGUUGAUGUCUGGCCAGGAAAUAGUGGUGCAGACCAUGAAAGAACUCAUGUCUAGGAUCCUCAGUUCAGAGCUGGAUCUGAACACCAUCAACAACAACACGUUUUUGCAAGGGUUCCUCCUUGGGGUGACAGGUGUAAAUAUCCUAGGCCUGGACUCAACAGAUGUGUCGGACUUGGUGAGUAGCAUUGAAGGACAAGAUGUGUUUGUGCAUGGCUUGAUAAGCGAGGUGGCGCAGAGCACCUUUGUGCAGAACAUCCUUGCCAAUGCCAGCCUUGUCAGGGACGUCAUCAUGUCCAACCCUCAGGUGCAGCAGCUGGCUGAGCAAAAUCCUGAGAUUGGUCACAUUCUCACCAACCCACACACUAUAAGGGAAAUAUUAGAGGCCUACAGCAGCCCUGCUGUAAUGCAAGAGAUGGUAAGGAACCAUGAUCUGGCCAUGAACAACCUCGAAAGCAUCCCUGGUGGGUACAGUGCUCUGGAGCAGCUCUACAGGGAAAUUGAGGAGCCCAUCCUGGAUGCUGUGCAGGCACAGAUAGGCAACAACUUGUUUGCUCCACCAGACAGUAACCUGUCCCUGAAUGGAGCCCAGCUACCAGCCCGGACUGAAAACCGGAGGCCAUUACCCAACCCAUGGGCUCUGCAGUCCAACAGAGCCAGUGAUAUUGUAUGUGACUGCGAUGGACAAUUGCCAAACAGCGGCACAGACGAGAGUCUUAUUGUGCUGAGUUUGGGUCCUGCAGCAGGUGUGGUGGUCUCCAACUCAGGGGAGGCCCAGAGCAUGGUCCAGCAGCUAACAGGAAAUGCAGAACUCAUGCAAAACCUGGAGGAUGCGUUAACAAACCCCAACGGUCCAGCACAAAUGCUGCUGAAUAGCGAUCAUACAUCAAGAAAUGAAAACUCUCCACCUCAAGAUCAAAGUGCACAGCAGCUACCACCAGAGAUGGAGAACGCUGAGAUUUCUUCCUUGCUGAGAAACCCCAGGGCGCUGCAGGCAUUGCUGCAGGUCCAGCUGGGAUUACAGAUCCUCACCACAGAGGCACCAGAUUUCAUGCUGAGUUUGGGGGACUCGCACGUGGAGCUGGAUCUGGAAAGCAUGGACGACUCGACACAAAGCAAUGAGUCUGAGGAUGAUGUAAGUUUGGUGUCAGAACAGGGUGAAGAAGAAGACCAGACAGAGAUGGACGAGCAAGCACCACAGAUCAGAUAUGAGAGACAAAUGCAGCAGCUCCAUGCCAUGGGCUUCCAGGACCAACGUGCAAACUUGCAGGCUCUGAUGGAUGCAGAAGGUGAGAUCAAUGCAGCAGCUGAGAUACUGGCAAAAGCACCGUCAUCAAACAGGAUACCAUAACUGGUUCAUCCAAAUGAUGAGCCUUGUUUGUUGAUGAUUGCGUUUCAGUCUCAUCGUACACUAAAGGUAGCAAGGUGCAUACUAAGAA